UCUCUCUCUCUCUCUCUCUCUCUCUCUCUCUCUAGCAUCACUUUGUGAAUAACCAUUACUGCAAUCAUCACUGACUAAUGUGACUUUCUCUCACAAAAACCAGCAGUAGCCAUGGCGGAGGAAGACUUUGGAUCUCUCUUCGAAGGAAUGGUUCUCAUUACUCCCUCUUCCAUUUCUCAAUUCGAAAACCUAGAAGAUAGCAAUAACCAGAAGGACUCAACGAUAACAUCCCCUUCCCCGUCGAAACCACCCUCUCUCUCUCCUCCUACUGAGACCUCCACUUCCUCUCAGGCUCUUGAUGAGAACCUCUUCUCUGAUCUCACUCUAAAUCCAGUCCGCCCGAUUGAUCCCGAGCCCCUGAAAUCCAACGGACAUGAGAGCUCCAAGACAAGGCAGGCCCCUCGGAAGAAGAAGAGAGGGAUAAGGAUCGGUUAUGCCAGAGAAAGCUCCGCCGUCGAUUAUUCUGCCCCUCCAAACUCCUCCGAAUCGUAUUCGCGAUCGAGCUCUUCGAUCUCUUUCCAUGAUUUGUCUACUGUGAAUUCGCUAGACAUAGAUCAAUUGGACAAAUUCUCCACAGAAAAUUCAAUUGAGAAUUCGCUGGAUUCUGAUCGAUUAAGUGAAGCUAUUGAUUAUCAAGAAAUUAGGGCUCUGGAUGAUGAUUCGUUGAAUCAUGCGAGCACGAGCUUGAAUGAUAGCCGCAAUCAAUUGAGUUUUACACCUGUUCACUCGAGUUUUGCAGAGGACAAACCAGUCGACGCAAAUGAUGAGGUUUUGGAUUCCAAAGAAAAAGGAGUUUUUGAUGAUCAGGCGAUUGGGGAACCAGAAGAAUUCAGUUCAAAGAAAGAGUGUGUCACUGAAAACUCGAAACCCGGUGAUGUUUCAGCCAUGGAGAAACUCGAGUCCAUUAAGGGUACGAUUUCUGAUAAGCUAGAGAGGAUGAGGGCUAUGGCUGCCUCUGUGUCAGCAUCUCGAAAAGAAGUUGUUAGGAAGAGGAGAGAAGCAGCCGAGGAAGACUUGGCUUCGAUGAAGUACAAGGAAAUGGAGACAGAGCUUGAGGAGGCCUGUGAAAGUGAGGAUUUUGAGAGGGCAGAGAGAGUUAGUGAGAGUCUAGCAGCUGCAGAGAAGGCAAAGGAGGCAGCUUUGACUUCUUUGAGGGAAGCAGAGGCAGAGUGUGAUUCAGUGGAUUUGAGAAUGCAAGAGGUUUUGGAGUCUCAGGUUGCUGCUGAGGAAGAGGGUGUCUUACUGCUACAACAGUUUGCAAAGGAUGCUUCAGAGAAUGCAGAUAUCAUUAUGAAGGAUGCAGAAGAACUUUCAUCAAAGGAAAUGGAGGAAUGGCUUUCUAAAAUGGAGUGUUUAGAGAUGAAAAAAAUGGAACUCGACCUCGAAUCUCAUCUAAUUGAUGAGGCACGCUCAGGAUUGAGCAAUUCCAUAGAUCAAUUAACUGAAAUUGACAGGAAAGAGAAAGAGCUUUUGCAACAAAAGAGAAACUCACUUCUCAAAGACCUCGAAAAUCUACUUGAAUUAGUGAGGCUGAAAGAAGCUGAGAUUGCCAAAAAUAAUUCCCAUAUCCAAGAAGUUGAUAGAAGGAUUGUCAAUGUUGUUUCCGAGUUUCAUGUGUCACAUCCAAAAAUCAAUGUGAAGUAUGAUGAGUUGCAGUCAUCAUUAUCUGAGUUAUCAUCCCAGAGUGAAGUUUUAACCAAGAAAAAGAAGGAAGUCGAUGACUUUCUGUGUCUUGCAGAGGAAAAUAGGUUGAAGCUUAGUGAGAUAGCAAGUAUGGCUGCUGGAGAGGCAAGAGCAUGUGAAGAGUUGGUUGGGUUGCGAAAGGCACUAGCUUCAUCCAUUUUGAAGUCAAGGGACGACAAAUUGAGGCUUGCAAAAACUGAAGAGAAGAUAUCAGAGGAAAUCCAAUUACUCAGACAAGAGGUUUCUGCUGCAAGGGCCUCUCUUCAGGAACUUUCUUCUUCAAGGGCAAGCAUCCAACAAGAGAUCACUUCAUCCAAUCAGAGACUAAGUUUUGUUGACCAAAGGAUCCCAGAUCUUGAAGCUGAGAAGAAAGUCGCAGCCACUGCUAGAAACUUCAAGGAAGCAGGCCGAAUCUCCGCUGAAUCCAAGGCACUUAGUCUAGAGAGAGAAACCAUUCAAGCAAGAGUGGAGGAAGCCUCUUCAGAGCUUGAUAAGAUGGAGGAGGAGAUCCAAAACACAAUUGAGAAAUUGCAUGAGAAGGAAGUGUUGGUCCUAUCAAAGGAGAGAGAGGCAGCCAUGUCCAGGUGCGAGAGACUAAGGCUUGUCGCUGCUUCAUCAAUGGUGGAGAGAGAAGCAGCACUUGAGCUUGGAGACAUCGAAGAAGCUGAGAGCUUAUUUGCAGAGGCAAAGGCUGCUGAUUCUGAAGCUUCAGAGCUUCUACAAACAUUUAAUUUGGAAGGGGAGAAGUUUGAGAAGGUUUCAAAGCACCUGGUUUCCAUGGCUGUUAUCACAAGCCUUGCAGGCAAACAACUGGCUGAGAAAGCCAUAUCAAUACAGCCUUCUCUCUCAUCGUGACAGAAAAAAUAUUCGGGUUUGUAUUUGUUUCCUCUUUCCUGUUUUUUUGGUGUUUUUUCUCUCUCCCUUUCUCUUUCGUCAUUUUUGUAGGAUACGUUUUUUUUUCUCUUUGAGCUGUUUUCUUUUGGUUGCUCCUGAGUUCAAAUAGUACAGGCCUUUUUUGGGUUCUCUAUUGUAUUUUAUUUGUAUGAUUUAGAGCUGCGUUGUGCAUGAGAUGAAAUAAAGCUUUAUCAUUUUCUUUC